GCGCCGGAAGUUGGUUUAGGCACAGCGGCGAGCCGUAAUCUGUUUCGAGCGGCGACUGUGCUCUCUGCGCGUUAGUCGGGUAGGAAGUAGGCUGGUUGGGGUUUGGAGACCAUCAAUGGAUACCCAGAAGGACGUUCAACCCCCAAAGCAGCAGCCAAUGAUAUAUAUCUGCGGAGAAUGUCACACAGAAAAUGAAAUAAAAUCCAGGGAUCCAAUCAGAUGCAGAGAAUGUGGAUACAGAAUAAUGUACAAGAAAAGGACUAAAAGAUUGGUGGUUUUUGAUGCUCGGUGAAACAUGGAAUUCGGAAGAUUAUCUUCAUUUGAACUUGGAUUUGCUGUUAAUGUUGUAUAGCUUUUGAUGAGUGUAUUUAUCUUUAUGAAUACAACCACAUACACAUGAUUUCAUUUUAAAAUUCAUCUUGUAUUUAGGUAUCUAUUAAUAGUGUCUAUAAAGAAAAAUUCUUUGUUCAAUUA